AUGGGGCCGUUGGGAAAAAAUCACACAUUUUCCUGCCGUAUCUGUCAUGGCCAUCUACUGGAAUGUCAAAUUUAUCUACUUGUUCAUCUAGUUGGCCUAGUCCAAAAAUUUCCAAUAUUUCGAAUGCUGAGUAAGUCAUCGCUAGAGAACGUAAAAUAUUCACAGCUUGCUGGGGAACAUAAUAGAGCCAUGAGCACCGCUGGUGACUCGUAUAUGAAUUCUGUACCGUUGCUUGAAGAUAAAUUCGAAAUUGGUGCACAAACGCAGGCUCUUACGGCGAAAAGUUUGCAAGAAAACGAUGUCAUUGUUAAUUCGAACGUCAAUGACAGUAAGAUUGAAUUGGACUUGAAUUUAGAUUCUGAGUCAGAGAUCAGCACUUGUUCGAGCUCCAGUAGGGCUAAGACUUGGAUAUGCGAAUACGAGGGCUGCAACAAAGCCUUUUCCAGGCCAUCACAACUAACGCAACAUCAGGAGACCGUCCACAGGGGAAUAAAGGCUUUCAAAUGUCCUCAGUGCGAUCGCAGCUUUGCCCGUAAGUCUCAUCUAGAAAGGCAUCUUGUCUCUCACUCAGAGGAAAAGCCUUUUAGCUGUUCCGUGUGUAAUAAAGGGUUCACGACGCGGCAGCAGUUACGCAGGCAUGAAAUCACACACACCAAAUCUUUCCAGUGCCCGUACGAGAACUGUUCUGAGAGUUUUUACAAGCAUCCUCAGCUAAGGUCUCACAUCUUAUCAGUUCACUUACAGAAGCUUACAUGCGAACACUGCGGUAAAAAAUUCCAGCGUCCAUAUCGCUUGAGGGCCCAUAUCGAUAAGCACCAUAAUCCUGACUCAGUCUACAAAUACCAGUGCACGCACAGCUCUUGCUUUGAGGCUUUUAAAACUUGGACUGCAUUGCAGCAACAUAUCAAGGAGCACCAUCCGAAGUUGUCGUGUCCAAUAUGUAGCAAAGCGUGCGUUGGGGAGUCCGGUCUGGCAAUGCAUAUGAAAAUUCACGACACUUCGACGGUAAUCAAGAACUGGAAGUGUGAACGCUGUCCUGAUCUGUUUUUCGCUAAAAAGGCGGAUUUGAUUUCACAUUACAUGGAGCAUCAUGAAGAGCUCGUCUCGGAAGUGCUUGAGAAAGAAAAAAUGUGUCAAAAAUUUAAGCCCAGCGAGCUACCCACUACCGAUUCCACUAAAUCAAAACGCUCUAGAAAGUCAGCAACGCAUGUUCACAAUAAUGAACUGGAAUCUAUACAAACUGAGGUUACGUUACGCAAAUACUUGGAGACGGGGAAAUCUUCUGUGUCUUUGCUACACAAUUCCGCUGGCAGGAAGCUCAAGUGUCAUUAUCCAAAGUGCUAUAGAACGUUCAAAACUCAAGAAAGGUACGACCUGCAUGUUCAGAAGCACAAAAUUCAUGAACUUAAACUGAAGAUAUUACAGGAACGAGAAUGCGAAGGGCAAAAAGCGCACUUGGAUAGCUCGCAGGUUGGGCUGGAUCCAAUGGGUGAGGACAAUCUUGAAAAGUAG